AUGGAGUGGCCUAAGUUUUAUCCAUCUCGCAUACCACUUUUCGCUGUCAUUCAUGCUUCAGUUUUGUGCGUAAUAAUGGUUUUCAUCGUAAUUUCUUAUGAUCAAAUACCAGUUGUUCCAUACGUCAGCUCUCUUGGUGUGAAUCCACCGGAAAAAUAUUUCUUUAUAUAUUCAUCGGGAGUAUUUGCAGUACUAAAUAUUAUAAGUCAAUGGUUUUGGUACUUAAUGAUGAGAAGAAGACUUGUGGAGAGAAAUGCUUGGUCAAUGGUCAGUGGACUCCUAUGCAUCAUCAUUCUAAUAGCUUUUGCAAUAUCAAGCAUAUCAAUCAUAGGAUUGGCUAUUAUUGAUGCGAAAACUGACAAUCGUACACAUUAUCACUUAGCUUUAAUGAAUUUCUGUUCUCAUCUGAUUUCGAUUCCACUGGGUGCUCUGCUUAUUUUAUAUUCUUUCCGUCCAUGGAAAUGGUUUUUCUUGGCUAGAUUAAUUGUUUGGAUUCAGAUGAUUCUUGGUGCAUUUUUUUUCGUAUAUUUCAAUCAGAUUGGACUCUUAAUUAUGGAAGCGGAAGACGGCUUCCUUGUAAAACAACAUCAACUGGAUGAGAUUACGAAUGAUCUAGAGACAACUAAUCAACUGGAAAGCCAUAGCUGACCCCCUACUUACUCUACUACUACAGAAGAUCUGGGAGUAAAGAAAGGUACCUGAUAAUUGAAAGAAACGUGGCCGUGUCCAUCUGUCAGAGAAAGGCAACCUAUGUAAACGUAAAGACUGACGUGGCUAUUGUACACCCAAACAAACAAUUAAGCCAGCUUAUUGUGGAGAUUAAAACGAUUCACCAGAUGGAGGAUUCUGUCAGAUACAAACUGGAUUAAGUGAAAACAAAUGAUAUAAUUCUGAAUGGCUCUACCGUUUGCGAGUAUCAGACAGAGUCUGGAAAUGUGGUCAACUAUUUCCUUCAAAAUCAAACAUUUUCAAAGACUUUCUACAAAGGCAAUCAUGAAGUAAUUUGUUAACUGCUCCAGUGCGACGAAGUGCGUUAUAUAUGUAUAUAUUUUUUCGUGUUGUCGUUUUACUUGCUUCUAAAGCAUGUUUUUUUGUAUUGAUGUAAAAGGGAUAUGAAGAAUUUAAAUGGAG